GAGCGUGCCGUUGUCUGCUGUUCCUUUCCUCGACAGUUGGUGACCAUUCAUGUUUUCUUGGAGCACGGUUCCUCCUGAAAAAAGAUGAAGUUCGCUGAAGCACUGGCGAUGGCUCUGUGGCUAAGCCUCUUUGCACAAAUUCGCUGUGAUUAUUUCAUAGAAAUUGCGAAGCAGGACUCGGAGAAGGUCAAACAUGAACUUGAGAGCGAUUCAGAAUCGGAGAUAGCGGGCGGGCCGUAUGUUUGUAAAACUGUGACCUACACGGGCAAGAACGUCAAGUAUGUAGAGGAAUGCAAGAGCAUUAGAAAGGAGGCGACAACAUAUGUGGAAGAAAAAAAAAAGAGACAUUCUAUCAAAGGUAAGGCGCUAAGGAAGGUACAAUUACUGUCGCACGUGUUCAGACAGGAUGCCAUGAGGCAAUAUCUGCAUGCAAACUUCAUCAUGAUAGGAGAAGCUCAAUUGAGAGCCCAUCAGUGGCUUAAGUUGGACGGCAUAAGUGUGAAAAGAGCUCCUUCGGUGAUUCUAGUGGGCUACCAUCAGAGUACUCUCGAUUCCCCACGGUUCCUCCCUAAAGAUACCUGCGACACUACCGCCGACCUUGCCAACUCCCCUGUGUUUGAGGGGUACCUCCCUGAAGAUGAAGAAAGAAGAGACGAUCACAUUAGGGCACUCACGGGAUUAUUCUGCUGCUCGGACGUGCCUUCAUGCUACCCAAACUACGAGCAUGUUCUAAAGAAGGGGUAUCUCUCCGCUCUCUGGUACAUCAUGAAUACUGCCUUGACGAAUGCAAGGGAAUUUGUGGUGGACACACAGGUAGAAGCAGGCGCAAUCAACCAGGGAACUCUGGAAAGAUACAAAUCAUUCUCCUAUGAUGCGGAGAAAGCCACGGAAGUGAAAGGAGGAGGAGCAAAAGACGGGAAGAAGCUGAGCAAGUCGGA